GUGGCGCGGCGGGCGCGCAGCGGAGCUGGGCUUGUCCUUGUCCCUCCCGCCGCCUCCCCCAGCAACCACCAGCAGUAGCAGCAACAGCUCCGCUGGUCCCGUGUCCGUGGAGCAUGGGCUGGGGGUCGGGCCCGCGCUGUCCGGCCUGCAGCCUCCUCCUCCUCCCUCCGGCGCCGCUGCUGCUGCUGCUGCAGGUGGGGCUCAGCAGGUCGGAGACCGGCUGCGGCCGGACGGAACAGUGCCCCCCAAGCACCAGCUGGACCAACCUGUGGUACGUCUGGCUCAUCCUGCUGACGGUCUUCCUGCUGCUGCUCUGUGGCAUCACCGCCAGUUGCAUCAAGUUCUGCUGCCGGAAGAAGCGGCCUCCAGCACAGGCCUUCCCGCGACGCCCCUACGACCUGACGGUCAUUGCCCUCGACAACGACAGCACCAUCCACAGCACUGUCACCUCUUAUAGCUCACUGCAGUACCCUCUGGCCCCACCACUGCCGCUGCCGUUCGCCGAGCUGGAUCGAGGCCCCGUUUCCCCCCCGGCCUACAGCCUCUACGCGCUGGAGCUGCCUCCCUCCUACGACGAGGCCAUCAAGAUGGCGAAGCCUGACUUUGGUGCCCUGCCCCCGCACAAGCUGAGCCCUGGCCCCUCAGAGCCAGGCCUGGGCCAAGGUCCAUCCCCCGACCCCAUGCCCCCUGACCCCCAGCCCAGCCAGCCCUAGCUUCUCCCUCCACUUGGGCCAAGGGUGGCGGACAGAGCCAGGCCCGCACUGCGGUAAGCAGGGUUGGGGAGCGAAGGGGGGGACCACCGUGGCCAGCCCCCCCGCCCCAGCUCAGUGUCGGAGCAGGAAUGCGCCUCGGCCGGCGCCGUGACCUUCCGUCCCACCUGUGCCGGGAUCGGGUGACAGAAGAAGCACAAGCAUUUUAAAAAUAACCCGGCGGAGGCUGCGGCAAACACAGAAGAGGAAUCGAAUUCUGAACUCUGAGGAAAGCGGCGUGAGCGAGGGGGUGGCGGGGAGCGGGCACUGGUGCGCAGGGGCUGGUAGCUCGGCCCAGCCUCUGACUCUACCCUAGAAGCAAAGAUGGGCAGCCCCGGCUGCAGGGCCGAGAACAGCGCUGACCACAGUGCUGAGCGCGGCCCCAGACCAGGGGGACACAGCAUCGGGCCUGGACCAUGACGGGCGGAGGAAGGCUUGGGAGAAUGGAGGGAGGAGACUUAAGGCACCAGAUGACUGUACCCCUUCCCCGGGGAAAAACCCCCUGCCCCUCCAUUCAACCUCCAAGCAACAAUGAUCUACCCAUCAGCUUAGGGGGAGGGUGGGAGGAUUCCUGCUCCCCUUGUAGCUAGUGGUGGUCCAGGGCAGGGAGGGGGUGCUGCACUGGAAGGAGGGUUUGGGACUGGGGGCUGACUGAGUUGUUUCUGCUACUAGGCCAAGGAGCUUUCCUGAGAGAGGCGAGGGUACCUGCAACUUCUGAUUUUACUCGUACCCACCUGUUUGGCUUAAGGGACGGGGUGGGCUGGUCCCAUCCCUGGAAGGAAGGAGAAGAGUGAUUUUUUUUUUUAAUUGUAUUUUAUUUUCCCCUUUCCCCUCACCCCACAGGAACUGCUCAAAGAGAGGGGGCAGAGCUCCCACUUACAGGAUCUGUUGUAGAAUAAAAAAAUUAAAACCUGUUCUGUGAAAGAACAAACAUUGAACCUGU